AUGGCUGUUAAUCUUCUUUUGAUCUUUUCCUUUCUUUUUCUGCAAAUAUUUUCGGCUGUUGCUCAAAAUAAUGGUAACAUAACCAUUGGAGCGUCUCUAUCAGCAGCUGAAAACUCAUCUUCAUGGCUUUCUCCGUCCGAAGAGUUUGCCUUCGGUUUUCGCCCUAUUGGCAACAACAACGAGCUCUUCUUGCUCUCUAUAUGGUAUGAUAAGAUACCUUCCAAAACCGUAGUUUGGUUUGCAAAUAGAGAUAAGCCUGCACCAAGAGGAUCCAGAGUAGAAUUAACUUCUGCUAGCGGGCUGGUUCUGCGAAGCCCUCAAGGCGAUGAAUUAUGGAAUUCUGAAUCCAUUAAAGGUACGGUUGCUUUUGCUGUUAUGAAUAAUACAGGCAACUUUGAGCUUUUUGACAGCAAUUCGGAUAAGGCAUGGGAGAGCUUCAGGAAUCCUGCAGAUACUAUGUUGCCUUCACAGACAUUGGAAUCAGGGGAGCUGCUUUCUUCUAAAUUGUCAGAGACUAAUUUCUCCAAGGGAAGGUUUCAAAUGCGCAUGAGACCAGAGGGGAAUCUUGUUCUUAAUACCAUAAACUUGCCCACUGACAAUACUAAUGAUCCUUAUUAUAACAGCACUGAAACUACUGUUUCUAAUUAUUCUGUUGAAAGGGUGGUCUUCAAUGAGUCAGGCUACUUCUACUUAUUGCUUAGUAAUGAUCAAAGAUACUCUCUAACUAGCAGAUCAAUCAACUCUCCUACUAAAAACUUUUACUACAGAGCGACCAUCAAUUUUUAUGGAGUCUUUACUCUGUAUCAGCAUCCUAAGAAUUCAAUUAAUGAAGGCUGGACGGUUCUUUUGUCCAUACCGGAUGAUAUUUGCAAGGCGAGGGUUACUGAAGUUGGUAGCGGCACUUGUGGGUUUAACAGCAUUUGCAGACUGAACCCUGGAGACGAAAGGCCUACCUGUGAAUGCCCAAAAGGGUACUUUUUAUCGGAUCCAAACAAUGAGUAUGGUGACUGCAAACCCAACUACACGCAGAGCUGUGCAGAUGAUGAAGAGGGUUCUUCAGCAGAUUUAUAUGAUUUUGAAGAGGUCAUAGACAUUAAUUGGCCAACAUCUGAUUAUGCAAUGUUGCAGCCUUUUACUGACGAGCAGUGUAGAGAAUCUUGCUUGCAGGAUUGUAUGUGUGCUGUUGCUAUUUUUGGAAACGGGAUGUGUUGGAAGAAGAAGCUACCACUAUCAAAUGGGAGAACUGAAAGUACUAAUAGUAAGGCUCUUAUCAAAAUCAGGAAAGGUAAUCCUCCUCCCAGAGGCGCUUCGGAUUUGCCGAGACCAGAUAAGAAGAAUCAGAAGAACAAAGACAAUUUGAUGAUUGUGGGAUCAGUACUUCUUGGUGGCUCAGUUUUCUUCAACUUUAUGCUGAUUACUUCAGUUUGUCUUUGUUUUUUCCUUGUUUACAAGAAGGAACAUCGACAAAUUCCUCACCAUGGUGNUGGCCAACUAUAUUAA